GAGGCGGUUUAGCAGAAGUAUUGAAAGUUGUGAAGGGUGAUAGGAAGCUCAGAGCAUGAAAAAGUGCAGUCGCUUAAACCUACCGCAUGGUCAUACGACAAACUAUGCUGAAGACCCUUGUCCGUUUCCAUUAAGCGGCUUCAGAUACUUCGCGUCCAGAGCGCACUCUGGGUUCGUUUUCAGUCGAACCGGCAGUUGAACGGUAGACUGUUGAUUUUGACUACAUUUCCGGGACUUGACAGAGCUCCUGACGGAGAUAUGCGCCUUUGUGGACGGCGUGCUGAACCAAGUCAGUCAGCAGCAGCAACAGCAACUUUGUUUCCACACUGACUAAAUCAUAUUUCGCACAAGUGUGAAGAAGAAAGAUUCUUAGCGCUCUCAACUCGUUUCAAGCUGCAGCACGUGUAGGAUUUUCGUGCGCAAUUAAAAGUUGAGACUGCUGUAGUGAGUGUGCAUGGGCACAGACUUGGCUAUGGUGGAGCAAACGCGCAUCAGCAACAACGGCGACGUGCUCCCCGGCGAUUCCACUGAUUCUGGGGAGAUGGACCUAGACAUGGACGCCUCCCCGACUCCCGGCUCUCCAAACUCAACUGGGGAUAAAAUGGACAUCGCCUGGUGCAAAACCCCAUCGGGACACAUCAAGAGGCCAAUGAACGCCUUCAUGGUUUGGUCGCAGAUAGAGAGGCGCAAAAUUAUGGAACAGUCGCCGGACAUGCACAACGCGGAGAUCUCCAAGAGACUCGGCAAGCGCUGGAAACUUUUGAAAGACGGCGACAAGAUCCCCUUCAUCCGCGAGGCCGAGCGUCUGCGGCUCAAGCACAUGGCAGACUAUCCAGACUACAAAUAUCGACCACGGAAGAAGGUGAAGUCAUCCAGCGGCAAGACUGGGGAGAAGGGGGAGCGCGUGAUCGGCAGCCCCGGCGCGAAAUCUGCAUCCAGAAAGAGCUCGAAAACUCUCAGCAGGACGCACAGAAAGUCCACGGCGCUUGAGCUGACCUCCCACUCCGUCCCUGCAGACCACCACACUCUCUACAAGUCCAGGUCCGCCGCCAAACAGAUACCCGAGAAACCAGCAAAGCGCGGGCAUGUGUUCGGGGGAUGCAGCUCCGAUAGCAGCCCGCCUUCCGUCGCCGUUCCGGCCAGUCCUACUCUGAGCAGCUCGGCGGAAUCCAGCGACCCGCUGAGCCUGUAUGAGGACGGGCUCGCGAGCGGAAAGGAAGACGCGGAGUCCGCCGCGCGCUUCAAGUACACCCGCGCGCCGUCUCCGACGCCCUCUGCAUCGCACUCUUCCUCCUCGCAGUCGUCCUCUUCGGAUGAGGAGUUCGAGGACGAGCUGGCGGACCCCAGUCCCGGCUUUGACAGCUUCAGCACCUUUGGCACCGCGCCUCUAGACAGAGAUUUGGAGUUCAACUUUGAGUCGGGCUCCGGCUCGCACUUUGAGUUCCCCGACUACUGCACCCCAGAGGUGAGCGAGCUGAUAUCAGGGGACUGGCUCGAAUCGACAAUAUCCAACUUAGUGUUCACUUAUUGAGAGCUAGUAGUGAAAGGACAGAUUGAAAAAUGACCGGAGGGUUGCAAAAUCCUCCGAGACGAGUCAGACGAUGAGUCAACGACAUGAUUCCUCGUGUUUAUCAUGCAUCAGAUACUGUGGGUUCUCAUUAUCCACUGACAAGAGUGCAGAUGAAAGUGCUUAGCUUGCUCGUUUGGUGCUUGGAAGGAGGCGCGCUUUGGACGCAGAUGAGGGAGGCAUUGCGCGGUGGCGAGUUCACGCUGUGCGCCCUCCUCGACUUCAAAAAGGGACGUUUUUAAACAAGAUAAGUCUGGUCAUAUUCUUGUUUUGAUGGAGGUACUGAAUGGAGAGCAUGCGAGCAAUUCGCCUGCUCGCACUUGAGAUUGUUUACCAGAAUCGUGUGUUAGACCAGCAUCGCAUGCUUUCAUUACGAUUUAAGGCUGUUGAGAAGCGUAACUGGUGUUGAUUCAUUGAAACCGAAUGGCAGCGCCGUAUCAGACGCAAAAACAAACACAAUCACCAGCUUUCCUGUCGUCAUGACAUCAGGAUUCAGACGCAACUCAGAUGAUUCGACUCUUUACACUACAAAUCAGGACCAAAAUUCAUCCGAGGAGCGUUUUUUCUCUUUCUCUUCUUCUCUCUCUGCCUUUUACUUUUUCAUCCUCGUAACUUUCCAGCGUUGGCAUUUUUAUACCGAUGUAUUUCUAUAAUGACCAAACAUUGCUCCACUCCUUCCCUCCGUCACUUGUGUUCUAGUCAGUCUGUUGUGUGUAUAGGCUUCACAUGCACAUGUCCGUCUUUCUCGCGGAAGGGCUAGACUUGUUUCGUAUUAUUUAAUUGAUGA